UUAAUACCUCCGAAGCGUUGUUUCCGUCAGUUUUCUGAAAUAGUUCAGGCGAUAAAAACAAGUCGACUGCACAACGCGUUGUUGGAUUUUUGCUAAACUUCCAUCAUAGUAAUUGUUGAGAUUAGAAACAAACAUUAACAAACAUACUCUCCGGGAAACGUGUUUGUUUGCUAGCGUCAAGCUUUUGCUGCAACGUGUAAGUUAUGUAAACAAUGCAAUGGAGACAAGCGAAGAAGUGCUUCAGGGUUCUCCGAUGAUUCACGGAAAAGAGCAAGCACGAAUUGACAGGAGUGGGCCCUCAACGAGCAGAAACCAGACCACAGAAACUCCUCUCUCACCUAUGGACCCACUGAACACACUGUCCAACUUUGAGUCAGAGAUGGAGCCAGACGGACAGGGAAACUACUCUCUCUUCCCUGCCUUGGACAACAUGGCCAGCCUGGCAGGAGCUGCCGAGGCUCUAGAGAGUGAACCACCUAACGAUGUUGCAGACAAGCCCAAUCUCACAUGGCUUGAUGCUGCGCAGAUUGUACUGGAGGCAGCUGGACGCCCAAUGCACAUCAAGGAGAUCAAACAGCAAAUCAUUGACAGGGGAUUGGUUCAGUCCAAUGCGAAGUCGAGCCUUGAGGCUGUCAUGUACCGUGAGACACAGAAAGGCAGCAGGAGAUUCAAGAGGAUUGAGAACAGAAAUGGAGUCUUUGCACUGUUGACAGAUGAUGAGGGGCAGCAGGCUCUACAGUCCUUCACCACCCAGUCUUUCAUGGGGUCUCCCCCCCAGUCAACCUUCUCCAGCUCUGGCUCUGCAGCCUCUCUGCCUCCCUUCCCCUCCCCCACAGGUCUCUCUGAGACCAGGCCCAAGACCAAGAAAGGCCCACGCAAGAACCAGAACGAAAAGUACAGACUAAAGUACCUCAGACUACGCAAAGCAGCACUGGCCAUGAUUUUUGAGAAUGCGGCUCUCUGUGAUGAAGUUGCCCACUUAGAGGAGAAGUUUGUGCGAGCAAAAGAAGAGCGCAGGUUCUUACUGAAAUCACUGUUGCAGUACCAGUCUGUGUCAGAGGGGGAGCUGCUCACCGCUGCUACUACCAGCUCUCACCCCCCUGUGACCUUCAGUUCCAUCCCAACGGGGGCGUCAGUCCUACCUGUGGGUCAUAACCUGACCUCUGGGGCAGAGGAGGGCCUUCCUAAGAAGCCUAAGAAGGAACGAGGCAGGGAGAAUGGGAAAGAGGACGGUCCAAAAAGAAUGUCAAAAAAGCGGAAGCUUGCUGACGCGGGGUCUCGUAAGCUGGUUCAGCCCAUCGCCCUGGACUCCUCAGGACGUCCUGUCUUCCCCAUAGUAUUGGGGGGUCUGACUGUGUACAGUCUAGGGGAGAUUAUCACAGACAGGAUGCUGUUCCAUGACCAGUGUGCCAUCUACCCAGUGGGUUACUGUAGCACACGCUUCUUCGCCAGCAUGAAGAGCCCUGAUCAGCAGUGCCUCUACACCUGCCAGAUUAAGGACGGGGGUGGUGGCCCACAGUUUGAGAUAGUGCCUGAGGAAGACCCUCAGAAUGCCAUAGCGGCCUCCUCUGCCCUCACCUGCCAUUCCAACCUGCUGAAGGCCAUUGGUGCUCUAAGAUCGAAACCGGUGGCACCCAUCGUGCCUUCAGGAGCAGACUUCUUUGGCUUCUCCCACCCCACCAUCCAGAACCUGAUCCAGAGCUGCCCAGGAGCACGCAAGUGCAGCAAUUAUCAGUGGAUCCGUUUCGAGGUGUGUCGUCCAGGCGACGGCCAGGUUCCACACAGCCUGUCUGAGGACGAUGCCUCUGUCAGCUUUGAGGCAUACCAGAGACACCAGGGCUUUGAUGACAGCAUCAGGGGGGAGCACAAUCUAGUAGGCAUGACUCCACAAUCCCCUGGUUCCUCUCACCAGCAUCUUCUGAGCUCACCCACCCUGCAACCAUCUACAUCUUACUUCAGCCACUGAAGCAUUUACCCUCCACUGCUCUAGAAAGCCUGGUGACGCCUGUGUGGAAGUUCAAUAGGACCAGUUGGUUCUGACAUUGACAGUUCUGGAAGGAACCAAGAAGAGUAGACUACCGGAAUCAUGUUGUCUUCAAUUUAAACUAUCAAUGUAUGCUGUUAUCAUGUGAAAGAAAGUUGAUCUGACCAUCAAGUUGUCCCCUGUAUGUACCACUGUAGUUAGUACUAUAAAAUGGGUGGUUCGAGCCCUGAAUGGAAUACCACGGCUAUGACAAAACUUGUAUUUUUACUAUUCUAAUUACAUUGGUAACCAGUUUAUAAUAACAAUAAGGCACCUUGGGGGUUUGUGAUAUGUGGCCAAUAUACCAAGGCUAAGGGCUGUAUCCAGUCCUGAACUGUGGUAUAUUGGCCAUAUACCACCCCCCUGCCUUAUUGCUUAACUAUAGUUUAUUUGGUGGACAAUGUCUGGCAUUUCAAUAAAAACGUUUAUUUUA